AACAAAGAAAUUUAGACUUCAGUCCCUUCAGCACUCGGCUUAUUAAGAGGUAAAAAAGCUUCCAUGUGCAGUUACCUUUCAUUGUUCUUCAAAAGAAAGAACUGGGUCUUAUUUGGAUGGGAUCCUCGAAAUCCAAGCUACAGAUUUCUAAUUCUGAAGUUUUGAAAGAGGCAAGGCAACUGCAAGGUGUUAGUUCUCAAAGCUUUUGUCAGGCAAUGACUGCUCCAAUUUCUUUGUUCAUGGUGGGAGAUGUUAUGUUGGGACGAGGCAUUGACAUGAUCUUAGAACACUCCUGCAACCCUGUACUCUAUGAAAGCAAUGGUCUUGAUGCAAGAGACUAUGUAUCUUUAGCAGAAACACAAACUGGACCUCUUCCUGAUAAAAGUGAACGGCCAGUUGAUUACGUUUGGGGGGAUGCAAUACAAAUUCUUAAAGAAAAGAAGCCAGAUCUAAGAAUCAUUAACUUGGAAACAUCAGUGACAACAAGUGACACACCAUGGCCCAUGAAAGGAAUCCAUUAUCGUAUGCAUCCAAAGAAUAUAAACGUCAUCCAGUCUGCCAAUGUCGACUGUUGUGUCUUGGCAAACAAUCAUGUUGCUGACUGGGGAUUUCCUGGUCUCUUAGAAACUCUAGACACCCUUGAAAAUGUUGGUAUCAGAUUUGCCGGAGCAGGACGUACUUCUUCAGAAGCAAAAUCACCGGCUGUUUUUCAGUUUGCAAAAGCAGAUACCACCAGAGUAUUGGUCUUUGCUGCUGGUCACUCCUCUAGUGGAGUUCCUGAUUCUUGGCAGGCAAGAAAGAACAAGGAAGGAGUUAAUAUUCUUGAGUUUUAUGAGGCAAGCAGAGCAGUAAACAAGCUAAAAGAACAAAUUGAAAAGUACAAAAGAGAUGGCGACAUCAUCGUUUUGUCAGUUCACUGGGGAGGAAACUGGGGCUGGAGUGUUGACUCUUCCUUUAUAAAGUUUGCGCACAAAGCCAUUGAUGAGGCAGGGGUUCAUGUCAUUCAUGGGCAUUCAUCACAUCAUGUCAAAGGCAUUGAGGUGCACAAUGGUAGACUCAUUAUUUACGGAUGUGGUGACUUUUUGAACGACUAUGAAGGAAUCACAGGUCAUGAAAGCUUCCGUGAUGAUCUUGCUUUGAUGUACUUUGUUGACAUAAAUCCAGAAACAGGCCUCUUGGCUGGCCUCAGAAUGGUGCCUACUCAGAUCCAGCACUUACGAGUUAACAAAGCCAAAGAGGAGGGUAUUAACUGGCUUGUAAAGACUAUGUCAAAAGAGUGUAGGAAAUUCAACUGUGAUGUGAAAAGAGUUAAUAAUGAAAUCCAUUUGGUCUUCUAAGUUUUGGCAUAUUAACCCAAGAUGGGGUUAAGGAAGCAUCGUGGAGUGUGAAUCAGAGUACCAAAAUGCUCUGUAAAAAUACAUUCCAACUGCAUCUAAAAUUAUUUUAUAGAGCUAUUUGUUGACUUUUCUAUUUAAAUGCUUUUUGAUAAACUAUUUAGCAGGAACGUAACAGGUGGAUUCAUUAAGGCCUUUUCUGAGCAUGCUAUUUUGCAAGAAGUAAAUGUUAGUGAAAAAUAUUUAAAAUAUAUUUACAAGUAUUCUUACAAGUGAAAGGAUGGUAUUUGGAGAAUAUCAUCCUUUGGUCUUGAUGUCACUGAUCAAGUGUAAUAGCUGGGUGACCAAGAGUCAGUAUUCUCGCGGUACAGCCCUGAACAAUCUUGGUCAAUUUGAGGUUUUUAAGCAAGUUUAGUAAUAUAAAUUUUUAAAAAAA